AUGGCAAAACGAAAACAUUCAAAUAUUAAUCUUUGGGUUAAUACUGAUAUGUCUCGACUUGAUCAGGAUGUUCAUGUUAGUCCAAUGGAAAGUAUUUUUCAACGCUUUCAUUCAAAUCAACACUUUGGUUUAUCAACUUCUUUUGUGUAUGAUGCUCAACUAAAUUAUGGUACCAAUCAGAUUACACCACCUCAAUCACAGAAUUAUUUUUGGUUGUUAUUUCAACAAUUAUUUAUGGGUUUUAAUUUAAUUCUUUGGCUUGGUGGUAUUCUUGCUUUUAUUGCCUACCAACCACUUGGUGGAUCGAAUCCAUCAAUUACAAAUUUAGCUCUUGGCAUUGUACUUUUUCUAAUCAUUAUUUGUAAUGCAUGUCUCAAUAUAUAUCAAAAACUCAA